AACCAUUUUCUUUUGUGAUGAAAUAGGUUCAGGCUUUGGAAAAAUCCUACAUAAUUACCUUAGCCAUAGUUUUACCAAUCAUAGUUACCAUAACAUAAGUUUUAAACAAAUAAUUAAACAAAUUAAAAAUUCAAACCUGGACAAUUAUUAUGCUUUAGUUUUAUUACUAGGUAACAGCAUUGGUAUUACCAAAAAGGACAUAGUGGAUGGUGUCAGCACCUUAUUAAAAUUAAACAUAGGAAAGCUGAUGUUAUGUGCUUUUCCCUACUCUGAUACUCUGUCAGAGGUUGAAAAUAAUCAUAUUUUUAAAUUGAAUAAUACUAUUCACAUGUUGACAUGUCGUCAUAGUGACAAAUUAUUAUAUUUUGACACUAAUAAGUUUGUUAGUGGUUCUAAGUUAACUCAGAGAACUUUAUCUCUGUCUUUUGAAUGUAGACGGUUGAUUGCUAUGUUGAUAGCAUACAAUAUUAACAAGGUUAUAGCUAAUAUAACAAAUUCUAGGAUUAGUGACGAGACUGUGUUGCCUAGUUACACUAACAACACAGUGAUUGAUAAUAUAUCUUUAUGUUGUACGAAGGAGGGUCCACCUAUAAUACCAACAUACUUGGAGGCCAAUACCAGUCAGAUAGAGUAUACUCUUCCUGCUGGAACACAUACCUUAGGUUAUUCUACAACUGUAGAGGUCACUCCGGAUAGUACUUUAAACUAGGCUGUAAGACAACAGAAGUUAACCGUUUAAAUAAUCAAUUAUUAUUUGUGGAUAAUAAAAAGGUAUCUUCUGGCAAUUUAACAUGUUUUAAUAAACCAAAAGGAAAGCAACAUACUUUAAGAUUAUUUCAUCAGAAUAUUCAAGGUUGCUCUUCCAAAUUACUGGAAAUAGAAAUGUUUUUAGAAAAAACCAAGUUCGAUAUUAUUUGUUUAACUGAACAUUGGUUAAAUGAUCAUCAGAUAAUGUCUAUUAAUUAUGAAAAUUAUUGUGUAGUUAGCUAUUUCAGCCGGAAGUGUAUGAUACACGGUGGAUCAUUAAUAUUAAUCAAAAAUUCUGUUAAAUCUAAAGAAAGGAAAGACAUUAUCAGAUUGUCAGUUGAACAUUCUAUAGAAUUGUCCUGUGUCGAGCUCGAUAAGCAUGUUGUAGUAUGUGUUUACAGACCUCCGGGCUAUCAGAAUCUAUCUGUAUUUGAUUCUGUAAUGGAAGAUGUGUUAAAAAAACUUAGUACUAGUAGUAAAUCAAUCAUCAUAAGUGGUGAUUUUAAUAUUAACUUAUUAGAAACAAACUCAAAUAGUAUCAGAUUAAUAAGUCUUUUUAAAUCAUUUAAUCUGUCUAAUGUUUUUAUGGAACCAACUAGAGUGACAGCUUCUUCUGCCACUUGUAUAGAUAAUAUUUUUUGUAAUUGUGAUUACUUACAUAAAGAAAUUGUUAAUAAAUUGCCUUCUGAUCACAGUGGACAAACAAUAACGUUUUGUGCCUACAUACCUGUACAAAAAAUUCAAAUAAGGUAUAGGCCAAUUACAUGUAAAAAUUUAGAGAAAUUAAAUAAUACCUUGACCAGUAAAUUGUGUGUUCAAAACUUUAAUAAUAUUUGGGACCCUAAUGAGUUCUAUGCGGAGUUUUUUACCUUGUUAAAAUCGCAAUUUAAUGACAUUAAUCCACAAAAGACAAAAAGUAUUUACACCAAGUUCUUAUUUAGUGAUUGGGCGACUCCAGGUAUUCGUAAGAGCAGGGAUAAACUUUUUGAACUGUAUGGCCUAAGGCAACAUGUAAAAAAUACAAACUUUCAUCAGCAUGUUGCGAAAUAUUCAAAAACUUUUAAAAGUGUGUGCAAAAUUGCUAAAGCACUUUAUAUUAGUAAUAAAAUAAAAUCAGCGGAUGACAAAAUAAAAACUACCUGGCAAAUAAUAAAUAAUGAAACUGGUAGAAAAAAACAGCGUAAUACUUUAAUUUAACUUAGAGACUGCACAUGGCCCAAUAAACUCAAAUGCAGAAAUAGCUCAGGAAUUUGAAAACUUUUUUAUCAAUAUUCCCUUUAAAACUACCGAAGCUUUAAGUUCAUCAUCCGCACUUUCUUUUGCGUUACUUACGAAGAAUGUAAGGGCAUGCCCUACGGAGUUUCGAUUUCAAUAUACAAACCCCCAGGCUGUUAUAAAAGCUUUUAAAGAUCUUAAAAUUAAAUCUACAGAAGAUCUUUGGGGAUUGUCUGUAAAAGUCUGUAGUUCUAUCAUCGAAACUAUUGCGCCUUAUUUAGCUUUCAUAUUUAACACCAGCAUAGACCAAGGAGUCUUUCCGGAUCUCAUGAAACACAGUAAAGUAGUUCCGUUGUUCAAAUCCGGUGAUAGUAAAGAACCCAAUAAUUAUAGACCUGUGUCAAUUCUGCCAGCUCUCAGUAAGGUGUUUGAAAAGUUAAUGCUCAAUCAAAUGUUAUGUCACUUUAAUAAAAACUCCAUCUUUCAUGAACAACAGUACGGUUUCACCAAAGGGCGUUGUACAACUGACGCCGGUGUCUCCCUAAUCAAGAACAUUUUUAACGCCUGGGAGGAAGCACAAGAUGCCAUUGGAAUCUUUUGCGACCUUUCGAAGGCGUUCGAUUGCGUAAACCAUGAGACUCUUCUGCUGAAACUUAAUCACUACGGGAUUAAGAACAAAGCUCUGGACUUACUAAGAUCUUACUUGAAAAACAGACAGGUUAAAGUUCAGGUUAACGGCAUAAACUCGUUAGGGUCUGAAAUUACAAUGGGCGUUCCUCAAGGUUCAAUAUUGGGUCCAUUCCUCUUUUUAGUAUACAUAAAUGAUUUACCCCAAUUAGUUCAGAAUAAACCGAAGAUGGUGUUAUUUGCAGAUGACACAUCAUUGAUUUUUAAAGUAGAUCGACGGUCACAAAAUCGUGACGACGUGAAUAACUCUAUUCUUCGGGUCCAAAAUUGGUUUACGGUAAACAAUUUGGCACUGAAUGAUAAAAAAAACUAAAUGUAUUAGAUUUACGUUGCCAAAUGUUAAAAGUAAGGAAUGUGACAUAAUGUUGAAUGAAGGAAAACUGGAAUUUAUUAAUCGAACGGUUUUCCUAGGCAUUACGCUAGACGAGAAGUUACAAUGGGGACCUCAUAUCACAUCUCUUGCGGGGCGGCUGAGCUCAGCCGUUUAUGCGGUUAGAAAGAUAAGAUAUUUAACCAAUGUAGAAACUGCGCGUUUGGUCUAUUUUAGCUACUUUCACAGCAUAAUGUCUUACGGCAUUUUACUGUGGGGUCGGGCUGCUGACAUAGAAUCCAUUUUUAUUUUGCAAAAGAGAGCGGUCAGAGCCAUUUAUAAUCUACGUCGUUGCGAAUCUCUCAGGGAACUAUUUAAAAAGAUUAAUAUUAUGACAGUACCUUGCCAAUUCAUUUAUGAAAAUAUUAUGUAUGUAAGAAAGAAUCUACAUCUUUUUAGUAAAAUAAAUGAAAGACAUAAUUUUAGUACUAGAAAUAAAGAUAAAAUAGCUCAACCAUCUUUCAGAUUAGCCAAAGUUCAAAAUUCAUUUAU